AUGUUGCAGAAAGAUGAGCCUAGGAAAGAUGAUCCAACUCAAAUUGAGGGAACUGAUGAAAGCGAUCCAGACAAAGCAGAUAUCAUACCGAUGAAUAAAGUUAAAAAUCUGGGCAAUAUUGAUGAACUCUGUAAGCUAAAGAAAUUUGAAAUGGAAAAAGCAGCAGAAGAGAUUAAAUCAGUUCAUGAAAUGGACGAUCAAAAACCGCUCAAUGCUGUAAUAUCAUCAAAUUUGCAUGUUAGAAUUAAAGAGAAUGAAUGCAAACUUUAUGAGACGAACGAUGAACCAACAGUUGAUGAGGAAGGCGAAGACCCGCUCAUUUAA